AUGAAGGCUUGCAGAGCACACGGUCUGUCGGCUGUUCUUCAGUCCCCUGUGCAGUUCAUGGAGGGAGAACUGUUUGAUCCGCUGCAUGUCCUUGACCUGACUGAGUGCAAAGCAAUUGGGAUCUCAUCUGAGCGUUUGGCAGCUGUAGGAGAAGAGUUUGAUAAACUCUGUUUCCUAGGCAGUAGGCUACAGAGACUCGAUCAUGAAAAACUCCUUGUGGAAAGGAAGAGCUGGGGGCCUAAACCAGGUGGACGGGUGAAAUGUCAGUAUAUUUCUGCUGUGGAUAAAGUGAUCUUUGUGGACGAUUAUGCAGUAGGAUGUAGGAAAGAUCUCAAUGGCAUCUUACUGCUAGACACAGCUCUGCAAACGCCUGUUUCAAAACAAGAUGAUGUGGUUCAGCUUGAAUUGCCGGUUACAGAGGCUCAGCAACUGUUAUCUGCUUGCAUAGAAAAAGUAGAUGUUUCUAGCACAGAGGGAUAUGACUUAUUCAUCACACAACUGAAGGAUGGUUUAAAAAAUACCUCACAUGAAACAGCAGCAAAUCAUAAAGUUGCAAAGUGGGCAACGGUUACCUUCCACCUUCCUCAUCAUGUUUUGAAGUCUGUCGCCAGUGCCAUUGUAAAUGAACUCAAGAAGAUAAAUCAAAAUAUUGCUGCCUUACCUGUAGCAUCCUCUGUGAUGGAUAGGUUAUCUUACCUCUUACCCAGCGCACGACCAGAACUUGGUGUGGGACCUGGUCGAUCUGUGGACAGGUCUUUGAUGUAUAGUGAAGCUAACAGACGGGAGACAUUCACUUCAUGGCCUCAUGUGGGUUAUAGGUGGGCACAGCCAGAUCCUAUGGCUCAGGCUGGGUUCUAUCACCAGCCUGCUUCAUCAGGAGAUGACAGAGCCAUGUGCUUUACCUGUAGUGUGUGUUUGGUAUGCUGGGAGCCUACAGAUGAACCUUGGUCUGAACAUGAGAGACAUUCCCCAAACUGCCCAUUUGUCAAGGGUGAGCACACUCAGAAUGUACCUCUUUCAGUCACACUGGCAACAAGUCCAGCACAAUUUCCCUGCACAGAUGGCACUGACAGAAUAGCCUGCUUUGGAUCUGGAAGUUGCCCUCAUUUUCUAGCUGCUGCAACAAAACGAGGAAAGAUCUGCAUAUGGGAUGUUUCCAAACUUAUGAAGGUCCACUUAAAAUUUGAGAUCAAUGCAUACGAUCCGGCUAUCGUGCAGCAACUUAUGUUAUCAGGAGAGCAGACCUCAGGGGUUGACUCAAGGAGACCAACACUAGCAUGGCUAGAAGAUUCAUCUAGCUGCUCAGAUAUACCAAAAUUAGAGGGAGACAGUGAUGACCUACUGGAGGAUUCAGACAGUGAAGAGCAUUCCAGAUCAGAAUCUGUGACAGGGCAUACGUCACAAAAAGAAACUAUGGAAGUCAGCCUUGAUAUAACAGCGCUCAGCAUUCUUCAGCAACCUGAAAAACUUCAGUGGGAAAUUGUUGCAAAUGUUCUGGAAGACACGGUUAAGGAUCUAGAAGAACUUGGGGCAAAUCCCUGUUUGGCCAACUGUAAGAGUGAAAAGAUGAAGGAAAAACAUCUAGAACAACACAACAUUCCCUUUCCUUGUUUAUUAGCUGGAGGUCUACUAACAUACAAAUCCCCUGCUACCUCUCCUGUUAGCAGUAACUCUCAGAGGUCACUGGAUGGCUUGAGUAGGACUCGAGGUGAGAGUGUCUCGGAACAGGGAUCAACUGACAAUGAAUCCUGCACUAACUCCGAACUGAAUUCCCCUCUCGUAAGGAGGACUUUACCUGUAUUGCUGCUAUACAGCAUUAAGGAGUCUGAUGAAAAAGCAGGAAAAAUCUUUUCGCAGAUGAACAAUAUUAUGAGUAAAAGUAUCCAUGAUGAUGGUUUCACAGUUCCACAGAUCAUUGAAAUGGAGCUGGACAGUCAGGAGCAGCUGCUGUUACAGGAUCCCCCUGUGACUUACAUUCAGCAGUUUGCAGAUGCCGCAGCCAACCUAACUUCUCCAGACUCGGACAAGUGGAGCUCUAUGGUUCCCAAGCCUGGGACUUUGGUUCAGUGCCUGCGUCUGCCCAAGUUUGCAGAGGAGGAGAACCUGUGUGUAGACUCAAUCACUCCGUGUGCAGAUGGAGUUCAUUUGUUAGUAGGACUGCGGACUUGUCCUGUUGAAUCUCUGAGUGCAAUAAAUCAAGUAGAGGCCUUGAAUAAUUUAAAUAAAUUGAACUCGGCACUAUGUAAUAGACGGAAGGGGGAACUAGAAUCAAGUCUUGCUGUAGUGAAUGGCACGAGUAUUGAUGUAAUCCAACAUGAGUCACCAGCAGAUGUACCAACUCCUUUAAUAAUUCAACCUGAACAGAGAAGUGUUAGCGGUGGAUACCUAGUACUUUAUAAGAUGAAUUAUGCCACUAGAAUAGUUACUCUAGAGGAGGAGCCGGUAAAAAUCCAACAUAUCAAAGACCCCCAAGACACAAUUACCUCAAUGAUUUUGCUCCCACCAGAUAUAUUGGAUAAUCGAGAGGAUGACUGUGAGGAGCCUGUAGAGGAAAUACAAUUAACUUCUAAAAAUGGCAGUGGGAGAGAGAGAAGAUCUGAGAUCUCUACUCUUGGGCACCUGGUAAUAACUACUCAGGGAGGAUAUGUAAAAAUACUAGAUCUUUCGAACUUUGAAAUUCUGGCCAAAGUGGAGCCACCUAAAAAAGAGGGCACUGAGGAACCAGAUAUGUUUGUCUCUGUGAUAUACUGUUCGGGCACAGACAGAUUAUGUGCAUGCACCAAAG